GCCAUUUUCUGUGAGGCCCAUGGUGUCUCUAGCAGUACUUGGCCAGCUGGAGAGAGGGGCGACAUCUCUGUUUGGGGUCAGGAGGUGACAAGGAGGGAGAAAGGGAUUACUCUUCUUCCAGGAAGUUAAAGGAGGUUGGAGGCUCUCUGUGGAGGAGCUUGUUGCCAGUAUAUGUCAUGAAAAAUACAUGAGCUUAAAUGGAUUUAGAAAGGGUUGCUGCUUCUCCUCCAAGCCAAACUCAGCCAUUCUCUGGAAAAAAGAAGCCACUACAACAAAGAUGGACUUCCAAAUCAUGGUCAAUUCAGAAUUCUUGCCUACCUGUGAUCCCACGACUUGAUUUGGGAAGCCUUGUUGACUCAGAUAAUGAGAAUGAGUUUUCACAUACUCCACUUAGUACAGCACACAUUUAUUUUAGCCCACCAGAUUCAUGCUCGGCUCUUGGCUGGGUCACACCAUGUCAAAUACUACAUUCUCAGAAUCAUCUGAAUAAACUGGAGCAGAACAUAAUACUUGAAACUUUGCCAACACCAUCAGACAAAGAUAAGCUAAACUAUCAGCAAUACAAAUCUGAAAUGAAAGAGGGGUGUAAGCAGUAUAGUCAGAGAAAUGCAGGAAAGAGAAAAUCAAGUAUCACACAUCAACAGUCUCCAAGAAACUCCAAGAUAGAUGACAAGUGUGUGCAGGGUGAAGAAGGCAUGGCAGAUGGCCUUACAAGUAUGGACAAGAAAGUCCUUCUACAGCAGGGCUAUGCAGACAGCCCCUACAUUGCACAGCGGAGGUCAAGACAACCUGAUGCUGAAAUUGUAGCUGGAGAGAAGAAGAAACAGACUGUUGCAGAACAAGUGAUGACAGACCUCUUAUCUAGAGCUGUAAUCAGUGAUCCAGAGCAAAAUGUAAUCACUGAGAAACAAGAUUGCUCUCACAUCCUUCCAGACUCAAAAUCAACACCUCUUCGACUUCGGAAAAGAACGCUACAUGAAACAAAGAUAAGAACACAAUCUACUUUAACUGAAAAUAUACUUUCUCAUAAAAUACAGUUUGAUGUUAGGAUCAUAUCAAGAAAUGGACGUGAUGCUUGUAGAGAAUUGAUUGGGUUCUUUUUUAUUCAUGACCAGUCCCUUGCAGUUUAUGAAUAUCGGCAAUUUGGGAAAAAUAGAACAAGCGUGCUUCCUUUUAUUCAGAAAAGCAUUUAUCACCAUCAGCAUGGACGAAGAAAAGGAAAACAAUACCAACUUGGCGAUUUUUAUAUUGGUGCAAACUUGACAUUUUUUAGUUCUGAUCAUUCCACACUUCCAGAAAGCAUUAAAGGAAACACAUUACUUAGACUUCGAGUCACAAAUGUUGAUCAGAUAGCUACGAAUUAUCUCAAAACUGAUUCUGUGGGAGAAGAAGAUGAUAGAAAAAACCAAGAAGAUGAUAGAACAAACCAAGAAGCCAAAGAUAGACUGGUCUUUGAGGCCAUUCAAGGUAUAGUUGUUAUACUUUCAGAUUUUGAGUCUUUGUGGCUAAUACUAAGUGACAAUGACAAUGGGAAGGUUGAUUAUGGAGAAUUCAAGCGUGCCAUUAUUGGUGAAAUGAAUGAAUACAGGAACUCUUAUGUUCGAAAGGUCUUUAUGAAACUGGAUUUCAAUAAAACUGGCAGUGUGCCUAUUUUAGAUAUAAGAAGAUGUUAUUGUGCAAAGAAUCAUCCUCAUGUAAUUUCAGGUCAAUCAACAGAGGAAGAAAUCCAGUCAUCCUUUCUAGAAACAUUAAAAGAUGUCUGCAGCAAGUCAGAUGAAGUGUCAUAUGGUGAAUUUGAAGAUUACUAUGAAGGCCUAAGUAUAGGGAUAGUAGACGAUAAAGAUUUUGUUAACAUCUUACGUAUUCCCUGGGGGAUUUAGUUUUUUUUUUUAAAUGCAUUAUUAGAAGCAUAUGAUUUAAAAGGAAAGAUUCAUUUAAUGUAAACUGUAGUUUUUAAAGAGAAAUGAAUAUAAAGUAUAAUCAAACACUGGAAUAUACUUUUUAGAGUUUCUUCUAGCCUGUGUUUUUCCUAAAAAUAAAACUGAAGAGAUAUUCAGAAGGGUAGUUGUGGGACAGAGGUCAUGUGUUCAGGUGUAGGUAUAAGUACUCUUUUGUCAUAGUUUAUAAAGAUCUUUUUGAAUAUUUCCUUACCUUGAACAGGGCCAUUUGCGUAUUUAGAACAUCAUCUAUGGGCCAUACUACAAUAUCAACUUAAAAAUUAGCAUUUAAUGUUAUGAAAAAAGCUUCAGUUGCCUUGGCAGAGUCAGUACAAAUGAUUUUUCAGGCCUCAUAUGGUCUACAGACAUGACUUCCCCACCCCUGUUUUAGAGGGUUGUUUGUUAUUAACUUUCCUAGGAAAAUUACAUCUGUAUUAGAUUGCGUGAGAGCAUCAAUAUCGUACCAAGCUGUAGUGAGGUACUUGUACCUACACUAUAAGCAGUAUAAUUCAGUAUAUACUAUAAAAUCAAUAUGCACAUAGUUCUGUAUAUAUAUAAUGAUUUUACUUUUUCUAUUACAUUAUAAGUUUUGAUAGACUAUAGGAAAAAGUAACAUUUGACUAGAAAAUGAGGGUUAUUUAGGAAUUUUCAGCUAUAUUUCUAGUUAAUAUUAAUGAAUAAACAUUUGCGUGAUGGGGCAACUAGGAGUGACUAGACAGUGAGAAGUGAGAAUCACUUAGAAUAAUUAAUAAUUUUAAUACUACUUUAAAACUCAUUUUAUAAUUUCUUUAAAUUUUUAGUCAGUCUAUGUAGUCUUUUGCUAAAUUCAGGAAAUAAUUACAUACAACUGACUAUGCCUAAUGCAAGUAUUUGUGAUAUUAUAAUUUGUAUGUAAUAUGAUAAAUUGGAAUCAUUUUUGGUUUGACCAGCACGAACAAACAUUUAUAUUGAUCAUGUUUAAAGACAUAAAAGGAUCUUGGGGAAGAUAGCAUAAUAGUUAUGCAAAAGACUUUCACACCUGAGCUUCUGAGGUCCAGGUUCAAUCCCCAGCACCAUCAUAAGCCAAAGCUAAUCAGUGCUCUGGUCUCUUUUUCUGUAUGUUUAUCUUUCUGUAUCUCUCUCAUUAAAAUAAAAUAUUUACAUUAAAUAAGAAAGAUUAGUCUUUGUAAAAAGAUAAAGUAGUAAAAGGAACUAAUUUUCAUUCUAUAUCACAAGUCAGGCAAGCGAAGUGAGAAUUCAUUCAGUGGGUUGACAGAGAUAAAUUUACAACUGAUAAUGAGAAAUUUCUGGCAUAAUUUUCUACUUUUACUUUAUAGUUAUACAGACCUCUAAUGAAAGCUUAAUUAUUGAAAUGAUUUCAUAUAAUAGAGAAUUAAAGCUCUAUAUUGUAGUCACUGUUGAAUUGAUCAUUGAGUCGGUCAUUCAUUCUUAUUGUGUAGCACUGUUAACACAAUUGCUCAAGAUUCAGAAAAUCAAGAUUUGGUUUCUUACUUUUGUAUUUGUCCCUUUCACUGUUUUCAUUCUCAAUGCUAUCCCUUUGCUUAAGCUCUCAGCACUUUUCAUGCUUCACUUAGUUUUUUGUGUUUUGUUUUGAUUUUACCAGACCACUUACUGUUCAGCUCUGGCUUAUGGUGGUCUAGAAAUUGAACUUGAGAUUUUGGAGCCGCAGGCAUCGUCUCUUUGCAUAAACAUUAUUCUGUCCACCUUAUCCUCUCAUGCUCCACUUGUACAUUUAGAGAUAUUAAUUUUUCCUGACUUUCUUUCUUUUUUUCUUUUUAUUUAUUGACUUAAUAAUGACUGACAAAAAUCACAGGAUAAGACGUACAAUUCCACACAAUUCUCCCACCACCAGGGUUCCAUAUCUCAUCUCUUCCAUUGGAAGCUUCUCGAUUCUUUAUCCCUCUGGGACUAUAGACCAAAGAUCUUCAGGGGGUAGAGAAGGUGGAAGGCCUGGCUUUUGUAGUUGCUUCUCUGCUGCAUAUGGGCAUUGACAAGUCGAUCCAAACCCCCAGCCUUUUUCUAUCUUUCCCUAGUGGGGUAGGGUCUGGGGAGGUGGGAUUCUAGGACACACUGAUGAGGUCAUCUGCCCCAGAUAGCACAUCUGUGACUUGGUAACUGAAAAGCAUUAAGAUAUAAAGCAGAACAAAUUGUUUAAUAAUCAGGUACCUAAAAGUAAGAAUACAGCAGAUGAGAUCUGAGGUCUCCAUUUUGGACAAAGCUAGGACAGGGAUGCAGAGAUUGCACAGAUUCCUGUGCUGAAUGUGGGCACCAGAUCAGACCAAGGGGGUUUACGGUUAAUGGUAUUUAUGUACUUUUCCCAUAUAUGGGAGCUACUCUCUUCUCUGAUUCAACUUUCUAGUCCUAUUUCCAACUCUGACACCAUCUCCCCAGACAAUACCUUUAGCCUGCCAGGCUCAGGAAAAGAUUAGUAGAGUCAUGGGCUCCUUGGAAUGUACCUAAAAUAGACUGUUCUGGGUUUCUAAUGCUACCUUAAAACCACCUUUUUGGGAAAAUUUAAACAAGACAAAUUUUUAAGACAAUUUUUUGAGUGUGAGUUGCCUUUUUUGGCGUUAUGUUGGCCCCUUGGUUCCCUAAAUCCAGUAUUUAUCACUUUAUACUAUAAUAAUUACUCUGCUCUCAUUCUUCCUACUAGAUUGUAAGCUCCUUGAAGAUAGAAAGCAUCUUAUGUAGCUUUAUAACCCUGCUGUUAAUUACACUGUCUGAUCUGUGGUACGUGUUAAAUCAGUAUUUGUUGACCUGGUAAAUGUGAUUUAUUGAGCAA